ACACUCAGUGUCCAGGCGAUGAACACGUUGCGCGAGAUGAGAGAAUGCGGUCAGUUAUGCGAUGCGCUGAUCAAAUGCGACGGAGGCGAGUUCCAGGUGCAUCGGGCCAUCAUGUCCGCUUGCAGUCCCUACUUUCGGGCGCUAUUCACUAACAGCAUGAACGACGACGACAACCGGACACAGCGCGACUACGUCAUACCGGGUGUCGACGCCGAGAUGCUAGCCAUCAUCAUCGAGUUUGCCUACACGCGUAUCUGCUGCAUCACGGAGAGCACCGUGCAGCGACUCCUGGCGGCCGCUGACCAGCUGAACAUCAUGGGCGUCGUACGCGAAUGCUGCGACUUCAUCAAUGAUCGCAUCGACGCCACGAAUUGCUUCAGCAUCCGGUCGUUCGCGCGCGCGUACUUCUGUAAGGGGCUGGAGAGGAGGGCGCACUCGUACAUCAUGAAGAACUUUCCCGAGAUAGCCGAGCGCAACGACGAGUACCUAGAGCUGAGCACCGACGAACUGCACGAGUUGAUCGACUCCGACGAGCUGAACGUCCGCAACGAGGAGAUCUGUUUCCUGGCGAUCGUGCGAUGGAUUGAUCACGACGCCGAGGCGCGUAAGCAAUAUAUCGCCAAACUUUUGGGCACCGUGCGCCUCGGCUUACUCGACGCCAACUAUUUCGUCGAAAAGGUAAAAUGUCACCCGUACGUGAAGGACAACGAAGAUUGUAGGACGCUGGUAAUCGAAACGAUUAAGUUUCUCUACGACCUCGGCUUGUCGCUGCAAGACGGGAAGGAGGACAAAGAGAGCGAAUCCGUGUUAAUAGAGAGUCCGUUAGCAAAACCGAGAGUUCCGCACGAAAUCAUGUUUGCGAUCGGAGGAUGGAGUGGCGGUAGCCCCACCAACCUACUGGAGGCAUACGAUACGCGGGCAGAUCGCUGGGUUAAGGUGGACACCGUGGACGAGAUCGGGCCCAGGGCCUACCACGGCUCCGUCGUGCUCGACAAGCGCAUCUACAUCAUCGGCGGGUUUGACGGAGUCGAGUAUUUCAACAGCGUGCGCGUAUUCGACCCGGCAAAUAAGACGUACCAGGAGGUGGCGCCCAUGAACUCUCGCCGCUGCUACGUCAGCGUCGCCCAGGUCGACAACUACAUCUACGCCAUGGGUGGCUUCGACGGCCACUCGCGACUAAACACGGCAGAGCGCUACAACCCGACGACGAACCAGUGGAGCAUUAUCGCGCCAAUGCACUAUCAACGCAGCGACGCGUGCGCCACCGUCAUGGGCAAUAAGAUCUACAUGACGGGCGGCUUCAACGGUCAAGAGUGUCUACUCACGUCUGAGUACUACGACCCGGAGACGGAAACGUGGACCGUCAUAGCCCCGAUGCGGAACCGCCGCAGCGGGGUAAGCUGCAUCGCCUAUCACAACUGCCUGUACGUGCUGGGCGGCUUCAAUGGAAUCUCGCGCAUGUGCACCGUGGAGAGAUGGAGCCCGCAGACGAACUCCUGGACGUCGGUGCCUGAUAUGUAUACGCCGAGAAGCAAUUUCGCUGUCGAGAUAAUCGACGACAUGAUAUUCGUCGUCGGCGGCUUCAACGGCGUCACGACCAUCUACCACGUAGAGUGCUACGACGAGGCAGCCAACGAGUGGUACGAGGCGACCGACAUGAGCGUGUUCCGCAGCGCGCUGAGCGUCUGCGUCGUCAACGACCUGCCCAACGUCUACGACUACAUUCACAAGGAUCGCGAGAAACUCGUGGACGAGAAAGUCAAACUGAACAGGGCAACACCUCGCAGUCCGUAACAGCGAGUCCUUGACAGAUGUAAACGGGUGUAUAUACGCGGCAAGCCAUUAUGUGUGAUCGCAUAUUGCGGCGAUUUCGCGCCUGCGAAUCCAUAGCGCCUUUUCGACGCCUAUCGAAUAUAAAUUGUUAAAAUAAGUAUGAGAAAAUAUGAGAUAUAGCAAAAUAAGCAGCUAUUUGCGAAUAAAAUCGAGAGAGUUGUGCUUG